CGACGCCGUCCGUAGCCAUUUUGGCUCAAGCCGUUCUGCCUCGGACCACCUUUGGGCAGUGGGGAUCUCGAAUUUAGCACUGUGUGUGAUUGUCGACCAGCCAGUAUCCCACCAGCCAUGCUCAGCCCGCGCGCGAUGUUCCAGGAAGUUGAAGCGGAUGCCGAGCAGUGGAAGUGUAAGGCGGUGCGUCCCGAGACGAAUUGGCUCAGCUCGGCCCCCACGCGAUGCCCAACAUCAGAGCUGCUCGCCUUCAGCGACGACCAGGACGCCGACGCGCACAAGGAGAGCUGGGGCGCCAUCGCGCUGCCGAUGGACGGCGAUGAGCCAGCGCUCCUCGAGACGGGGCUACUCGAGGCGGUGUCCUUCGGGGGCGGGCGGCGCCAGAUGGGGUCGGCGAUGCCAGCGCCGACGGUGGCCCCGCUGAGGCGACUCCGGUCCGAGGCAUUCUGGAAGCAGAAGGCGGCUGCCUCCCGCCGACCGCCGUGCUCGCCCUGGGAGGCAGGCGCGAGGCAGCGGCGCCCUUGCCUCGACGAGCGCGACGGCCUCGGACCAGCGGCGGUCGCGGCGCCGGCAACAAAAGGCGCCGACGGCGAAGGCGCCGCUGGCAGCCCCAGGACCAGGAGCUGGGCGGGCGCCGUCUCCAGGGAGUUGCGCCGCGGGGCGCGUGGGCCCGUGGCGCCGCCUGCCUCGCCGCCAGGGUCGCCCUCAGCAGCGCUCGGGGCUGCUCUGAGGUCGCGUGGCCGGUCGUACCACCCGGCAGGGAGCCGCUGGGAGCCGCGACUGGGGUGAGCUGGAGGAGUGCCGAGCUGCUUCGCCAGCCUCUGGCCGCGUCCAGGGCGAGCCAUGAGUUCGUUUCUUGUGCGAGCUCGGACCGUCUCUAGCUCCAGCGGCGCAUCAUGGCAGCCUUGGGCCUGCUACUCCAAGGUCCAAGACUUGGUCUCUACAUUCGUGCCAAGCUGUCCUGGCGUUCAGCCGCGUCCAGGGCAACUCCUGCGCUCGCUUUAUACUGGCUUUACGCCUGCACUCGCUUUUUACAUCGGCAACACAUCAAGUGCACAGCCUUAGUCUCCGAAAACGGGGGCGCGUCUUUUUGCAGCGCCGAGUGCCGUCGCACUCGGCCAGCGGGCAGGCUCUGUCGGCAUCUCCAGAAGGGUCGUUGCCUCUUGCCGCCAGUUUUGUCUGCACCUCGUACGACCUUUUCUCCCUUCCACCCGAAAACCUUCGGCACGUGCGGACUCGCACGCUGCCAUAUCGUUUUGCGCGGCCGUUCUGUCAAAUGAUGCGGUCUUGCCGAGAAGAUCGUUGCCCGCCUUCUUUGGUCGCGCGCCGCCCCACUCCACCGCCACUGGCGAUCGCGACUUCCUCAUCCUCCUCCUCCUGCUCCUCCUCCUGCUCCUCCUCCUCCUGCUCCUCCUCCUCCUCCUCCUCCUCCUCCUCCUCCUCCUCCUCCAGUGCUCUGGUCGCGCGCCGCCCCCUGUAUCGUUCGAACGACGCAAAGUACGGGGUGAUGGCUAUUUACCCGUUUCUGAUCAUCACAGUUUUGCACAUUGCGUGCAGUUCCUCAUUUGCACUUUAGGUGUGAAUGAGGGGAUCUGGUUGGAGUUCGAUACUCCGCAAGCCGCCCCAGUUUUUGUUGUGGAUUGGUCCACCCCAUUACACUUAGCUGGGCGCACAUUCACAUCAUGUUAUGCUAGCUUCCCCAGACUAGCUUUUUGUGCCCCGUGGACUUGAAUAGUCAAGGGUCUGACUGCUCAGAGGAAGUAUUUACCCUAGAUUCCUCUUAGCAGUGCUGGAAACUAAUAAGCCCGAUGUGCAGCGCGACUGGAUGUCGCAUCGCAUGUUCAUUACGGGCAUAAUCGUCUGUCUGAGCCGUCGAGCCUACCGCUCUUGUGCCCAGGGGAGCAGGCUUACUGAAC